AAGGACCGCCGCCUGAAAGAUGGCGAGGAGGCGAUCGGCGGCGGACGCGACGCGCUCGCCGCUCCGGCGACCGCCCGCGCUGCGGCUGACGUCCCUCGCCUCGCCGCUCGAGCCCCUGCUGCUGCUGGCGCUGCUGCUGCUGGCGCUGGUGCAGCCCGGGGCGCAGGACUCGUUCCCUCAGGGGGAGAGCAUCAGGUACUGGGCACGGAGGAUCGAGAACGAACUGGACCGGGUGCUGCAGCUUGCCAGUGGCGUGGACCAGCUGAAACAGCUUUACAAAGAACAAAAGAACGACUUUGAUAUUGAGGAAAAUGAAGAUAAGAAACUGGUGGAGAACGUGUCGGCCGAAAUUGAGAAGCUGUUGACGAACAAAGUGAUAGCAUUAAAGAAGCUAACGGAAACGGCAGAAACAUUACAGAAAAAUCACCAGUGGAAUGAUGACAUCAAGGAAGAAAAUGUAACUUAUUUUAAUGCAAAACAACACAUUAAGCUCGACGUUAAGCCGUAUGUGCAGUUCCCCAAGAUGACGAAUGAAGGCGAGGACGAGGGGGAGGAGGAGGUGUUCCCGAACCAGAUAGACGCCAAGUUCGAAACCGACCCGGCGUUCAAGCGUCCCGUCAAUGACAGCUACACGGCCGUGCACAUCCCCACGGACAUUUACCGGGGCUCGACGAUCAUUCUGAACGAGCUGAACUGGACGGCCGGGCUGGAUGAGGUGUUCAUCAACAACAAGAAGGAGGACCCCACACUGAUGUGGCAAGUGUUUGGCAGCGCGACGGGUCUCACGCGCUACUACCCAGCGUCUGAAUGGAACAAGGAAGGCAAAGGGGUGGACAUGUACGAUGUGCGAAGACGACCUUGGUACAUCCAAGGAGCAGCCUCUCCAAAAGACAUGCUCAUACUUGUUGACGUGAGCGGCAGUGUCAGCGGCCUCACGCUCAAUCUGAUCAAGACGUCCGUCUUGAACAUGCUUGAAACACUGGCCGAUGACGACUUCGUGAAUGUUGUGUCGUUCAACAACACGGCUAACUCGGUGGCGUGCUUCAACCACCUGGUCCAAGCCAACGUACGCAACAAGAACGUGCUGAAGGCCGCCGUGAACAAGAUGUUGGCCAAAGGGGUCACCAACUACACGGCGGGCCUGGAGUUUGCUUUCAACCAGUUGCUCAAUUUCAACAACAUAUCGCGCGCUUUCUGCAACAAGAUGAUCAUGCUGUUCACUGACGGCGGCGAAGACCGCGCCCAGGACAUCUUUGAGAAGUACAACUGGCCCAACAAAACCGUACGCGUGUUCACAUUCUCAGUCGGGCAACACAACUAUGACGUCACGCCCAUCCAGUGGAUGGCGUGUGCCAAUAAAGGUUACUACUUUGAGAUUCCUUCCAUUGGGGCCAUUCGGAUUAACACACAGGAGUACCUGGAUGUCCUCAGCCGCCCCAUGGUGCUGAAAGGGCCCAGUGCCAAGCAGGUGCAGUGGACCAACGUUUACCAGGAUGCCCUGGGGCUGGGUCUGGUCAUCACAGGUACGAUGCCGGUGUUCAACACAAGCAUGCAGGGAGACAAACAGAAUCAGCUGAUCCUAGGUGUGAUGGGUGUCGACGUGUCUCUGGAGGAUGUAAAGAGGCUCACCAAGGAGUACAUUCUCGGUGCAAAUGGGUACUUCUUUGCUAUCGAUCCCAACGGAUACGUGUUUCUGCACCCCAACUUGCUGCCAAAGCUCGCGAGCUUUUCUGAGCCAGUGACGCUCGACUUCCUGGACGCCGAGCUGGAGAAUGACAUCAAAGUGGAGAUUAGAGAGCUCAUGAUCAAAGGAGAAUCUGGCACAAAGACGUUUGAAACGCUAAUCAAGUCAUUGGAUGAGAGAUACGUGGAUAAAGGUUUGAGGACGUAUACGUGGAAGCGAGUGCGGGAGACAGACUACAGCCUGGCCUUGGUGAUGCCCUCGUACAGUCUCUACCGCAUCAAGGCCCGGCUGAGUGACGAUAUCACGCAAGCCAAGUCCAAUCUGAACAAAAAUAAGGAUUUUUCGUCCAUGUUACCUCCAUCUUCCCACUCUGAAACCAGGGGACAUGUAUUCAUAGCCCCCAGGAAGUACUGCAAAAAUAUGAAAAUAGUGAGAAACAACACCGAGUUUCUCCUCAACUUCAUCGACGAGAUAGAUAAUAAAUCGCCAGAUGCACCCAACUGUGAAAAGGAGUGGAUUUAUAACCUCCUCCUGGAUGUAGAAAUCACCAACAGGUUGGCGAAGGAGGCAUGGCAGGACCUGAACAAGAGCACGCACGGGAUCAAGACGUUCUUUGUCGCGACCGACUCGGGUGUCACACGCAUUUAUCCACUCGAGGAGGUUGAGGACUGGGACGAGGAACCGGAGCCGUACAAUGCCAGCUACUACAAGCGCAGCCUGGACAAUGAGGGCUUUGUCUACAAGCCCGUGAUUCCCAUCAGUAAAGGGGGCAGUAACGACCCUUCCAACAUUAGCAUCUUGGCCAGCAGAGCCGUGGAGGUGGAGAUCGACGGCAAGGUGCUCAAGCCAGCAGUGGUUGGAGUAAAGCUCGAGCUGGAGGUUUGGACGGCCAAGUUCAAGCUCCUGGCCAGCAACCACACGGGGGAGGGCCGCAGCAAGCGCAGCAGCAACUGCGACAGUCUUGGCAGCUGUGAGAUGGACUGCGAUCUGUCCAGUAAGGAGCUGCAGUGUGUCAUCCUGGAUGAUGGAGGGUUCCUCAUAAUGUCCAAUCAAGAAGACCAAGAGAAAAAGGUCGGAGAAUUCUUUGGUGUCGUGGACCCGAGUCUGAUGCGCGCUCUGUACAACGUGUCUCUGUUCGCCAAAGUCGAGUCGUACGACUAUCAGUCGACCUGCGACCCCGAGAAAGAGCCAAAGGCGGGAGCGGCGCCCAGAUCCAUCGCUAUCCCGAGGAUUUCGGACGUGCUGAACGUCGCAUGGCUGGCUUCAGCAGCCGCUUGGUCUCUGCUGCAGCAGCUGUUCUACUCGCUCACCCUUCAGACGUGGUACAGUGCAGACUUCAGCUAUGCGGAUGGGGCCAACUACAAGGAAAAGGUCAGCUGCAUCACCCUUCAGACCCAGUACUACUUCCCCAACAACAAAACCACCUUCCAGGAACUCAUGGACUGUGGCAACUGCUCCAGGUUCUUUUUCGCGGAGAAGCUGGCCAACUCCAACCUGGUGUUCGUGGUGUCGGAGAAGAUCAUGUGUCCCAUGUGCGACAACAGGCCUCUUAUACAGGCUGAGCAGAAGUCGGACGGCCCGAACAUGUGCGAGCUCGCGCCGCGCUACAGGAAGGGUCCGGACUCCUGCUUCGACUACAACAUCCUGGAGGACACGUCAGACUGUGGCCGAGGCUCGAUGCUGCAGCCAAGCUUCCUGGCGCUGGUCGGUCUGCAAGUGCUGGCGCUCUGGCUGUUCAGCCCCAUCCACUUCUGCCCUUCGUGAGGACUCUGCUGUCAACACAGAGCCACAGCGGUCUCCCGGAAAAGAAUCUCCCCCACCCCCCACCCUUAACCCAGGAUUGACGCUCCCGGCUCUUGAUGCGCUGCGUAUGUGUUUUGUCAGCGCUUGCCUGGAAGUGGCUCGCAAUGAGCCGAGGUGUUCCCGCGAUGGUCCUCGCGAAAAAAAAAAGGGUGUGCGUUGGCGUGCAGGCGUGCCUGAGAGCGUGCGUGCAUUCGAAGCGUGCGCGUGGCUGUUGUGUACAUGUGUACACGUGUGAGUCUAAAGCGCCUGCAUGCCUUUGUUUGGCUGUGUUUUUUUGGCACGUGCUUAAUUGCCCAUUGGAGGGCAAUUCCUUGAAUUGUGAGUCUCUCGUGGCGCGCUGCCACCAACGCCCGCCGAACACCCCUCCCCAUCCCCUCCCCCCGAUCAGUCGGGAGACCAUCGAUGUCCUCGCUUCACCACGUGGCUGCUUUGUCCGUGAUGUGACCCCGACCCGCGUAUAGAUCGAGAGGGCUCUUCGAGCAGCGCCGUCACCUUGUUCCCAGCAUUUGCCGAUGUGAUUUUUUUUUCCCGUCGAUUUCAUUGCAUUCGCCCCAGUGUAUUUUGUCAACACGUUCUACAUCUCUUUUUUUUUGUGCAUUGGCUUCUCGUGAGCGUGUGUUUGCCGAGCGUGUGUUUGCCGGGCGAGUGCGACGGGCGUUUUGCGCGCCACGCCGAGGAGUCUGCAUCAGUUUUAAAAAUGCGGAGUUUUUUUUUUCCACCUCAUUUUUUUUUUAUCAUCCGAUUGAAAUUUAUUUUAUGUAAAAAAAAACCGGUGGAAACUUCACUCUCUCUAAUUUUGCCAAACCAUUCUGAGCAAUUAGCAUCAACUUACGCGCGUGUGUGUUUGAGGAUUGUUGCUACGUGCACGUGUGCAUGUACGCCGAGCGGGGUGUCUUUAAAUCCUAUUCGUGUACGUUGCGAGACCCGCCAUCAAAACGGACAAUUUGAUCGGCGUACGGAUUUGGUUGCUCAAAUGCGUGGAACUUUUUUUUUUGUUUUGCCUGCACGGAAAUUUUUCUGAACGAAUCGACGUUUCUGUACGAAAAAGCCAACUUGCCCGUCGGUGUUUUUGUGUUGUGUUACGAGAUUUUGUUUGGCUUCGCGAUCACGUGACCACGUGUCGUAAUAUUGGCCGCGCACUCUCCCCCUUCACAGCUGCUUUGGGGAUGUUCAAGAAAUGGCCAACUUGUUGGCCAACAAGGGAUUAUGGUAAUUCUACAAUAAUUAAUGAUUUACAUUCAAAUUAAUCGCUUCAGUGGAUUGCUAGUCUGGUAUCGUAAUUAAUAGGCUCCCCACCCCUCCCAACCCCACGUUCUAUGGGACACAUCUUGGUGUCUUUCACUAAUUUGUAGCACAACAGUCCCCCCCCCCACCCCCCCCCCCCCAGGAAAGUGCACGUUAAUUUGGUAGUAACUCAUUAAUAUAAGAUAAGCACCAAAUUGCUUUUGUGCUGAAUAAUUAGUGAUGUUAAUUACAUUUCACAACACGGAAAGCCAUUUUGUUGCCUUUAAAUAAAUCCUUUAAUUUCCACGAACUGUGCGAUUUGGGGGUCGAUAAACAUCACUCGUGCACGCAUAGUGUUAUACCAUUGUGGGCUUCCCCUUUACAUUUCCCGUCGACAUACGAAUCUCAUCCUUGAAAUGUUACCGCUUUAACUUGCGCAUUAUUUUUUCUUAUGGCCUGCCUUGGGAGGAUGAGUGGAAUUAUUUCCUGCAAACGUUGCUUUGAAAUGGAUCCCCCGGUUGAUUGCUCGUUGGUAUUUUUAGUUUCCUGCUGCAUUCUUACUAUUGUUGCCACUCGCCGCAGAGAGUCUUAUUAAUAACACUUUGUGGGCACGGGGGCAUCGUUUGCGCCACUCUUCAAAGCGAUACUCUCUUCGGAAAUGCAGUUCUGCGCGGCGGGGUUUGUAUAAACCGAGCAGAGGGAGAGAGAGAGAGAGAUCGAAAUGCUGGGGCUCACUCCUCGCAGUGCUGGCUGACAGAAGGAAGCCAACUCUUAUCUCCUGUGUUUAAAAAAAAAAACACACUCGCACGCAUCUCGGUUUUCAUAAAAACAACAACAACAACAAAAGCCAUUUUGUUGUUGUACAUUUUUUGUGGAUGAGAGAGACGACAUGUACGCUGCUGAUUUGCUGCAAUUUUAGCUGUUCUCUUUGGGAGAGUCACAAACUGGCCCUUUUAUUUGAAAUCUAGUCUGAAGGUUAUGAAUGUGUAAAGUACACAAUGAGGAGUGCAAUCGAUGGGAUUAUUUAUUAAUCAAAUGUGGUUAGCUCGUGGAAGGUUGGUGCACCGAGAAAGCUACGCAAAAGAAUCCCGCGUAUUUGAGAUGCGUAUCACACUGAUUUUUACAUUUGGCAGGAUAUAAACAAAAUAAAUAAGCAAUGUCUCCUUCAUAUCUGUCUUUUAUUGUUUUCAGUUUUUAUUGUAAAUUUUUGCAUCGAACUAAGACCCAUGAUCCUGAAAGGGGGGGGGGGGUCUUGCCUGUAACAUCGGCAGUUCAGCAGCAUUGUUUCAAGCAACCCUGACCAUUGAUGAGACACUUUAUGUUCAAUCCGGUCCAGGGUUCACUUGCCUUAAAUAAAUGCUGGUGAAAUUAUGCACUCCCCAGAAUGCCGUGUGGCUGAUGGGUCGUGUAAGAUAUACUUUUGAAAAACAUUUUUAUCUGAAGAGAUGGAUAGAUGACAGAUGUAUUGUCUGCUUAUUUAUUUUAUUUACAUUUGGCAUGUCGUCACGUUUAAAUAACGAGCUGUAUAAACUUUCUGAAAUCACUUUACUCGUUACUGUCAUUCGAAUUUAUUUGGCUCUUCGGCAGGAAGUCAAAUGCCAUCUAUCGAUUUUCGGUGUUGUGCCGCUUCAAUCAAUAUCGAUAUGUCGAUUGACAAGCGAGUGGUGUGAUUUUGUUGGUUUAAUUUUUUUUUACUGGUAGUUCUUCGUGAGACUCGAUUUUUGCCUUAUCUGCCUUCGUGCAAUAUUGUGUGUGCUUUUAAAAAAACAACUCUGCGUGGCAGUUUUUAGUCCGUGACCUGUUCGCAUGGUUACUUUCAAAAGCUAUCUAUAUCUUACACCGUUUCAAGUAAAGAUUUUAUUGUGCCAAUCUUAAAUUUAGUCGUACGUGGAUGGGUUGGCCUGUUUUAAUUCAAUUCUACUUGCUUGUGGUUACUGAAAAUGGGAGAAAAGAAAAAAAAACUAUAUUUUGCUCAGCAACCUUUUGAUUGUUUUAAUGCCUUGCUUAUUAUUGCAUAUAUAAGCGUAUUAACACCUUAGGAACGUAUCAUUUUAUUUGGCAUAUCUAAUGUAGAUAAUAUACGUAACUCAACGAAAAGAGCCUUACUGCCUCACUCAUCAAUUUAAACGCAGAUUUGUAUUGCUGUACUCUACAUUAGAAGCUAUGUUUUUGGUUUGGGCUGUGUAUUUUUAAAGCCCUUUGUGAAGUGUUAAAUUUUCAGGCUGCAUUAAUUUAUUGACGCGCAUUUUACCGUCAACGGCAGACGGAGCACCGAUACACCAGCGGGCUUGCUUUUGAAGGCCCCCACUUCUUGCCAUAACGGUUAGGCCAAGUGCCGUGGCGUAGCGCGGGUUGGCAUGGUGCCCCUCGUGCAAGGAGUGAAAUAUGGGGGCACGUGUCCACUUUGCCUCCCUCCUUUGUAGCCCCGUGCCUGGGCCCUUCCGGUCCAUGCCCUCCUCCCCGCCCUUCCGGGCACCAUUUGCACCACCUGGACCACUCGACGGUUACGCCACUGAUUCAGCAUCUGCCCACUAACUUCCGCCGGCGUCAAGUAGCUUACCAACACGCGCUGUGGCAGUGGGCACGUUUCUCAGCUUUACGGAAAACCUAUUGGGCUGCCAAGAGCCGAGGCAGUCUGCAUAUUUAUUAUUGUCACUUUGGCUGGGGUUGUUGGUAAGGAGCCAGACAGCUCCCUCUCUGAACAGAUCAGCCUAAGGGUCCCCACAUCCCUUGCCUCCUUUGCCCUUGUUCUCUAUUACUCCUGGUGCCAGUGACGAGGUGAGGCCAAUCUGUAGGGCCCAUGUUUUGCUCUUUGCAUUGUUUAGCACGAACCCCAAGCGCAAUUCGUGAAGUCGGGGUGGUGAAUCAUGUCGAGUUGAAUCCACGCUGUGGCUGAGGCACCCACCAGCAAAGCAGCAGCAGCAGCAGAGGAUGCCUGUAGGAAGUUGGUUGCUUGAUCUGUCUGUGGACUUUGAGCGUUAUUCCCUCAUAUGCGUGGAUUUUUUUAAGCAACACGGUUUCCUGUCAUGAAAAACUGAAAAAAAUUAUUGACCAAACGUCCAAAAUGGAACAAUUCUUAAGACCAGCUGUGAGACCUUAACGAGGCUUUACCGGGUAAAUGAAUUAUAUCGUGUAAGUUGAAUGAUUCAAAUUGGCCAAACAUCCCAUAUCAGUCCCUCCUGAAACCCUAUAAUGGUCUACUGCAUUGAGAAAAUGCUUUAUUGGUCGACUCCCUUUGUUUAAGCAGCGAAAGUGGCAUGGGCAUUUAAAUAAAACACAGCAGACAGCAUUGUCCUCAUUAAUGACUCGCACCUCUUCACCAAACCCCUUUCCUUCCUCAGACCUUUAAAAUAUAUUUUUCCACUGUGCAACUGAGCCGUGCCGGGUGCCUGCCGAGCCAGCCCGGUGUGGGUUAGGUGGCCGCCUGAUUGUUUUUCCAUUGCGUGCCGCUGAUGUCACACAGUGAAAGAAUGGAGACGCACGUAGAUGACGUGUGGUGACACCGUCCUUUGAGUAAUGAUUGGUGGCACACGCAAUGAACGCAUUAUUAGCCCUGCCCCUGGCCCUGCUUGGCCUGGAGCUAGAUUCAAAUGUCUUGCGAGGCCUGUGUAUUUAUGCUGUGGUUCUGGUUUGGCAUGGCAGAAAGACAGUGGAAAACUGACUGUACCGUGAAGGCCCCACACUGGCUUGACUCAGAUGUGCCAAUGGAAAAGGUAUAUUGGCCUCCAAUACACCUGGUAAUUGUUACCCCUAUGCUGCUGAUUAACUGAAAUAGCCUUGCCUCUGCUCCCAGCCGUCAAGUGAUGCAAAUGCACGCUAUUGCCGAAUCAUUUUGCCAUCAUCUGUCGUAUUUUCAUAGUGAUUUUUUGUAAUGGACUUUCUUGAAUGUGAAGCUGUGAGUUGGCAUGGUUUGAUAGUCUGUUUUAUGUACAGGUAUAUGAUGAUUUGGUUAGUCGCUAUUGGGAAUAAUACUUUGACUUAUCAAAUCAAAUAGUUUAACAAUUAUAUUGUUUGAAAACACGUUUUAAAGUGCUUCUUUAAAAACGAUAUGAUGAUAAUGAUGAUUGAAUAAUGAGAUUGAGCGUUAAACACAAGAAAACAGUUAAUGCAAAAUAGAGUACUGUAAAAAGCGAAUCAAGGUUGGUUAGAAAGAAGUGUACUACCCCCACAACAUUGCAAAUGUGUUUGAAACGUUUCGCUGGGCAUCCCAAGCGUUUGCGCCCGAUGAUUGUGCUGCAGUUGCAAACACUUGGUGGCAGAUCAUUCUGAAGCAACCGGGGUGGUUAGCCUAAGCUGCAUAUCAAUCUUUCUACGGAAUUGUCGGAUGCUAUGGACUCCUGUCUAUCUUGGCCUGUGUUUUUACUCCAUGGUGUACGAUAAAUUAAGCCCUUAGAUAAGUAUUACAAAUAAUCAAUGAUAAUUAGGCCCCGUAACGAUUAAUGUUCCCCUCGCAAUUUGAUGAAUCAUCACUAUUCGAGGGUCGUGAUUCAAUUCGGUAAUUUUUGGUGUUAAGCUCAAUUGAGCGCCAAUAAAAUUGACAUUAACCAAUUAUAGACAACGUAUUUGAAUUGUAUGUAAAAUGAUCCGUACGCGCAAGAUUACAAUUUUGUAUCAUGAUCAUAAAUCUCUUUGAAUCGAUGCAUCAUUACAUAUCCAUUUAUAUAUGCGGUAUGUGCUUUGGUGUCACUUGGUAACGAUGUUGGAGAUCCAGUUACGGCCGUCACAACCAAACAAAAACAACUCUUUCAGGUACGAUCUUGACCUCCGUGUCCUGAAUUGUCCAACGAAAAAUGUUUGUUCCUUGCCUCGUGGAACUCAAUUCUAACUCCUGUUGGGAACCAGGAUUGCUUGCUGGCACAAUCUAUCUUUUUUUGUAAUUAAAUUUGUGAACGUGUUUGAGUAUUUUUUUUGCUGGAUUGAUAGGGAAAUGGAUUUUAAAUUAUUGUUGUUUUGGUCACUGUAAAGCAUCCUGAUGGGAUGCUGUAGAUGAAAAGCGCUAUACAAAUUUAAACCGUGUACAUUUGAAGCUUCAUGUGUGAGACAAGAAAAUAAACUGAAGGAAUUUAAGGCGACUCUGAGGAGUACGCUUUUGUGACCACGAGGGAAGCAGAUUCGAUUUAAAGUUCGUUUCCCACCAACAAAGCUACAAAACCCCCUUGUCAGACAAGCCCUCCGGAUGCAAAACUUGUGUACGCUUUUUUUUUUAAGAGUUGCAUCUUCCCGUAAAAAAGGUUCUCCCGUUACAGGUUGCACGAGAGACCCGCUUUAUCGACCCGCUCAUAAUUCAAUCGGCUCACCGCGCCGUUCCCACUGCACUGCCGUGACGAAGUGGAACGCCCGCACUGAAAGCAGCGUGCCAGUGUGCCAGUGUGCGCCCUGGCACAGUCGCUUGGUGGGUUAGUCCAAGCGGCGACGACAGAGCGUCUUUACUUGAGCCUAGGCAGGUGCUUCCCUUAAAAUCUUCGAACAAGGGUGCUGCCCACUGAUAAUGCUGCCCCCUUUAAAAGAGAGCUUCCUAGACAAUGCAUUGUCAAGUCGCGCCCCCCCGACAUUAAGAACAUCUACUCUCGAGCUCUAAGUGAAUGCUAUGCAUUUAUUUACUUAGCUGAGCAGCAUGCUCAUAAAUUGCAUUUGUGCAGUUUGAAGUCCACUGAUGACCUCCAUCUCACGGCACCGCCGAGGAACCCCACGUUCCGGGAAAGAACAGCAAUGCCACGGCAUGGUAAUGAGUGCUGCCCCCCCCUUCACUAUCUUUCUUUGCAUUGUCAAUGCACCUGCCCCCCCCCUCCCCUUAUAUUUUCUCUCGUUGCUGCUAAGUUCCACGAUCCUUAUUGCAGAGCGUUAAAUUCCCUACAGGAGUGAACCAGCAGGCACCAAAAAAAGCAUGGUUCUCGAGAAAGACACUCGACAUUGUGCCCUUUAAAAUCGCGCUCAUUUUUUGACUUUUAGAUUGUUUAGCGAAUCGCGUGGAUAGAUGGUGAUUGUACGGGCGAAUUUUAAAUGUUUGCAUCGUUGGGUAUUUACAGCCAGACUCUAAAACCACGAUCACAAAACCACGUGAGCCUUCCAGCCGCUCGCACAGACACUGAUGAGUUAAGGGGUUGAAAAACGCAAUGUUGUGUGCAGUAUCUUUAUUGACAGUGAUGGACGGAGCUAACAUAGUCAAGUCAGAUCGCGAAUUCUUCGGAGGCAGUCUUGUUGGGUUGUCAUGCCAAAAGGAAAACUUGUUCUCCGCUGUAUAUAAGAUAACGUAUUGCUAAGACUCUAUCAGCCAUCAUUGCACUACUAAGACUCUUGUUUCACAGUUGCUUUUCAGUGUGUUGAAUGGCUCUCCUCUUCAUUGGUCUGAAUGACUGCCUUGAAACCUAUAGGUAAUGGUAUGAUUAAACAAUGUGGUUUAUAAUGCAAUGGUUUUGUUCCAAUAAAACAAACUCUGUAAAUGCUUAAUUCGGAAUGUUAUUUUUUGAGAGUAAUGAUUUUAUUGUGAUUAAAACAUUUUGUAAAAUGUUUGUACAGCAUAGUGACUGUGACUGAAAUACGUCUUUUAAAUGUAUUCCAUGAAACGGUAAAUAAAUAUGUUUAUACUGCAUGUGUUUAUACUGA